AUGGUGACAAUGAAUUCUUCCGAGAAGGUGGGGCAGAAAGCCGUUCAGCAAGGAACCUCGAGAGACUCCAAAUGUGUAAAAGAAGACAAAGAUAUUUACAAGGAGAAAGAAAAGAAGGAAACUACAAUUGCAAACCUUCCUCCCAAUGUCCAGGCUCUGAUGUCGACCAUACCCUCGCCAGAGGAGUCGCCCAACUACCUCAUUUAUAAAAAGAUGGAGGCCAUCAUAGAGAAAAUGCAGGAUGAGACAACUGGGGUACCUGUCAGGACUGUCAAGAGUUUCAUGAGCAAGAUACCUUCGGUGUUCACGGGCUCGGAUCUGGUGGCGUGGCUGAUGCGUCACUUCCGUCUAGAGGAUACUUGGGAGGCGCAGCAUCUGGCGCAUCUUCUGGCAGCGCACGGGUACCUCUUUCCCAUCGAUGACCACUGUCUCACCGUUAAGAAUGACAACACUUAUUACAGGUUUCAAACCCCGUACUUCUGGCCGUCUAACCAGUGGGAACCGGAGAACACCGAUUACGCCGUGUACUUGUGCAAGCGGACGAUGCAGAACAAGGCUCGCCUCGAACUUGCAGACUACGAGGCGGAGUCACUGGCGCGCCUCCAGAAGAUGUUUAGCAGGAAGUGGGAGUUCAUCUUCAUGCAGGCGGAGGCACAGAGCAAGGUGGAUAAGAAACGUGACAAGUUGGAGAGGAAAGUACUGGACAGCCAGGAGCGGGCCUUCUGGGACGUACACAGGCCAAUGCCUGGCUGUGUCAACACAACGGAACUGGACCCGAAGGAGCUGUCCCGUAUCAACGUGUUGAAGGCCAGAAGACUUCGUCAGUGUCAGGAGUUACUCAUGCAGAAUAACUCGAAGAAUAAUCCUAUAGUGACAAUCACGAACCCUCAGGAAAGCGAAGAGGAGAUACAGAAGAACGCUGGGAACACAGUAAAAGAAAAUGGCGAAACGUCACAACCAGAGACAAAGCCAGAAUGCUCCAAAACGGAGCAAGAGCCGACCAUAGAGCAACAGAUAGAGGUCGCCAGGAAGCAAGUCGCUGUGUUGAAAGCGAGGCUGGAGAGACGCAACGUACGCGUCAGCAAAGUUGCGGACAUGUUUAUAGCUUUCUGCGAGCAGUACGCGGAGUACGAUCCCUUCCUGACCCCUCCCGAAUGGCCCAACCCUUGGAUCAGCGACACCACCGAGCUGUGGGAACAGGAGAAGCACUGCAAGGACCCGUUGCCAGUGCGUCGUGUACGUCGCUGGGCUUUCGGCCUUCGCGAACUCCUACAGGACCAAGCUGGCCGGGAGCACUUCGCCAAGUUCCUGUCCAAGGAGUUCAGUGGAGAGAAUCUCAAAUUCUGGCUGGCAGUUCAGGAAUUAAAGGCGUUACCCAUACGACGUGUGGCUUCCCGUGCGAAGGAAAUCUGGAAGGAGUUUCUGGCGGCCGAUGCCCCUUCGCCGGUGAAUAUUGACGCUGCUAGCAGGGAACUGACGAGAGUCAAGGUGGAGUCCGGCAAAGCGGAUAGAUACUGCUUCGAUCAGGCCCAGGCCCACGUGUACCAUCUGAUGAAGUCGGACAGCUACUCGAGAUAUCUACGCUCAGACAUGUAUAAGGACUACUUAAACGGGUCUAAAAAGAAGACGUCAGUGAAAGGUAUCCGCUCUAUAGUGUCAUUCACCGGGAGGAAGGACCAGUCUGCCAAUUAA